AUGGAACAAAUGGAAAAUAGAAAUAUCACUGAAUUUAUUUUACUGGGACUUACACAGAAUUUGGAGUCACAGAAGAUGCUCUUUAUCACCUUUUUGAGCAUAUAUAUUGUGACUGUAGUAGGCAACCUUCUCAUCGUGGUAAUCAUAAUGGCCAGUCCUACUCUGGGUUCUCCCAUGUAUUUCUUCCUUGCCUUCUUGGCCUUAAUUGAUGCCUGUUAUUCCUCUUCUAUUGCCCCCAAAAUGCUUGUAGACAUUCUUCAAGACAGGAAAACCAUCUCCUUCAAUGGAUGCAUAACCCAGCUCUUUGUUGUACACUUCUUGGGGGGUUCCGAGAUAAUCAUCCUCAUAGUGAUGGCGUACGACCGCUACGUGGCCAUCUGUAAACCCCUUCACUACUUGACCAUUAUGAAUAACCGUUUGUGUUGUUUGUUGGUGGGGUUGGCUUGGACUAGUGGUUUCCUCCAUUCGGUAUUACAGAUUGUUGUCACAUUCCACUUACCAUUCUGCGGCCCCAACGUCAUCGACCAUUUUAUGUGUGACAUGUUUCCUUUGAUCAAACUCGCCUGUUCAGACACCUACACUUUUGGAAUUUUAGUUGUAUCCAAUGGAGGGCUGAUUGCCAUGUUAAGUUUUGUUAUAUUGGUUAUUUCUUACGUUGUCAUCUUGUACUCGCUGAGAAAUCACAGCUCGGCAGGGAAGCGCAAAGCUCUCUCCACCUGUGCCUCCCACAUCACCAUUGUCAUCUUCUUCUUUGUCCCCUGUAUAUUCAUAUAUGUGCGACCUGUAGCCACCUACCCCAUGGAUAAGGCAGUGUCUGUGUUUUAUACUAAUGUCACCCCCAUGUUAAACCCUUUAAUUUAUACUGUGAGAAAUGCAGAGAUGAAAAAUGCCAUGGGCAAGUUAUGGGGCCGAAAAGUGAUUUUAUGA